AUGAAGCCAUACAUAAAAGAAUUGGGAAAGGUAAUAGUCUGUGUAGUUGCUGUGGAGAGGAAACUGAAACCACCGAGCACAUGUUUUUCUUCUGCCAAAAUGAUAUGGAAGAUAGCUCCUGUUAGGUGGGAGGGGCUAACUGAGCUUCAAAUCAACAUAUGGCGAUUGUGGGAUGCAGUGAUGCAAUCUGCUAACAAGGAGCAAGGACUUGACAGGAUAAAGCUCACGGCCAAUAUAUUAUGGCAAAUCUGGAAGGCACGCAACAGGAUGGUAUUCCACCUUGAGAGCACAGAUACAAAGCAGGUUGUUGACAAAGCACAACUGGAGUGGAUAGAGUAUGAAAAUGAAACUGAUGCAAAUGCAGGAAAACAAGUUACUCCAGAAAUGGACCGGCAACAGCAACAUUGCUGGGAACCACCAAAAGAAGGAGUGAUCGAAAUAAAUACGGAUGCAGCAAUAUCAGCCAGAAUGGUAAGAACAAGUCAGGGGAUAAUAGCUAGGAACUGGCUUGGAAAGAUCAUAAAAGCCAAAGGAAUCUCUGAAUGCAAGCAAGGAGAUGCAAGCAGAGAGGAAUCACUAGCUAUAAGAAGUGCUCUAGUAAUGGCAAAAGAUGCAUGUUGGACUAAUAUAGAAGUUCAAACAGACAGCAAAGGAGUAGUGGACCAAAUCAACACAGGCAAUGUUCAGGACAGUAAUAUUGAAACAGUCCUGGAGGACAUUGAUGACCUCAGACAGGAAUUCGAUUGCUGCAAAUUCUCUUUUGUUCCUAGGAAAGGAAAUGGCUGCAGCCAUGCUCUGGCACAGUUUGCUACCAAGUUAGUUAAGAAUGUGGAAUGGGAAAAUACCUUCCCAAUGUGGUUAAUAGACCUAGUAAGGAAGGAUAUGGGGGUAGUUACCCCUUUUUGUAAUUAG